GGCAAAAGUGGCUGCUUUCAUAACCCCCCACCAUAAAGAAAAAAGCGAAUAUGCUUUGCUCUCAUCUCUGACAACCAAAAUCAAAAUCUUUCAUCUUCAUCCUCAAGCUUCGUCUCUCGUAUAAAAUCCCACAAAUUACUCGUAUUAUUACUUUACUUUUAGUUUUCUUUUUCAACCAAUGGAGACGCUACAUCAGAUUUUCCUAACGGUUAUUGCAGCUUUUGUGUUCUUUGUCCUGAUUGCAAAGAUCGCAUCUUCAGCGACCAAUGGCGAUGAAUAUGAUCAUCGACGUAGUAGGAUCCGUGAUUUCAGUAAGGUUUUGGCGGAGGAGCUUAAUCCAAAGAUGGAGAAAAGCAUUAGUAAAAGGAAAAGUUUGAAGAAAGUCCGAUUUGCCGUCGAUCAUGAAGGAACUUUAGUCAAUAAAGUCGUCGCCGGACCAUCGGAAACUAAACAAGUAGUGUUUGAGAGUCAACAUGAUGCAGAUAUGAUACGCUUCAAUGACGUCGGAUCGGUGGUGAAGUCACUGGAGGAAGAGAUUGGCGGUGUUGAAAAAGCUGAAUUCGCUGAUUUUAAGCCAAUGGCGGAAUCUGUUAGCCCUAGAGUUAUUGAACACGAUGAAACAAAAGAGGGAAAUACUGAUUCGAUUGAUCAGAAAUCAAGCCAAGCCACAAUGAUUCCUGACGAAAAUGCAGAUAUUGGCGCGAAGCUGCUGUGUGAUGAUGGUAUGGAAAAGAACGACGACGAAAGCUUUAGUGCCGUCGAAUCGGUGGUGAAGUCACCGGAGGAAGAGUUUGGCGGUGUUGAAAAGGCUGAUUAUGAUGAUUAUAAGCCUAACGCGGAAUCUGUGAUCCAUAGUGUUGUCGAUGACGAUCAAACCAAAGAGGGAAAUACCGAAUUAAUUGAUCAGAAGCUAAAAGGGGAGAAUGAAGGUCUGAUUUCCGAGGAAGAUGAUUCAGAUUCCGAUGAUGAUUGGGAGGGAAUUGAAAAGAGUGAUUUGGAGAAGGUGUUCGCCAUGGCUGCAGAUUAUGGUAAACAAGAUGAUCAUCUACAGAGUUUAGGAAGUGACAUCCAGAUGCAAUUGUACGGACUUCAUAAGGUUGCUACCGAAGGCCCCUGUCAUGAAGCUCAGCCCAUUGCUUUAAAGCUCUCCGCACGUUCCAAAUGGAAUGCGUGGCAAAAGCUCGGGAAUAUGGAUCCGGAUGUGGCUAUGGAGCAGUAUAUCACUCUUCUUUCGGAGAAAGUUCCUGAAUGGUCACAAGGGAUUCAUUCUCUUGGAGCCGAUUUAUCUAGCUCAAGUACAACCUCAACUCUAGUCACUUCUCAAAAGUAAAGGAAAAGUGGAAUAAAGUCCUGUAUUGAUGCCGAUGAGCUAAAUGGAGUUUGAGAUUUCAUAUAAUAAGGCUAAUUAUUGCGGUUGACAUUUCUGCUACUACGAGAAAUGGAGGCUAAUUUAUGCUAUGUAAUUAUAGUAUAUAUUUAUUAUUUUAGCAUUGGUGUGUUUGAUUUAAUAAAUUGUUUGAAUAUUGAUGUAUAUGAAGUUAAUUAUUUGUAUAGAUUAAUUUAAAUGACAUUAAGUAAAUACGUUUACAAAGGCAUAAAAUUGAAGUACACACGCAUAAAAUUGAAGUACACGAUUAAUGGUCAAAAACCAUGCUUAUUCUAAGUGACACUUUCAUCUUUAGUUCUUGUCAGGAGUUUUGUGAGGACCCCCGCCAAAUCCAUUUCCUCCAUCAUCUGAACCGAUGUCACCACCAUCGCCGCCAGCAAAGCUGCCACCGCUGCCAACGCCAACACCACCGCCACCGCCACCUGAACCUGCAAAGUUUCCAUAACCAGAGCCUGGAGACGUUCUUGAACCAUAUCCGCCAACACCACCACUAAAACCUCCUCUCGAACCAUAGCCACCACCACCCAUGGAACCGCCGCUACCACCUCUAAAAGGGAAUCCUCCGGUGCCAAAUCCACCCCAGUUGCCAGGUCCUGAGCCAAAACCACCGCCUCCACCUCCGCCAACGUUGCCAUAUCCAGCACCGUAACCACCUACACCACCUCUGCCGCCACCAUUGCCCCCACCUUGGCCCAUUCCACCACCACCAUGAUGACCACCACCACCCCCACCCAUAUUACCACUGCCUCGACCCAUAUUACCACCACCAGAACCACGACCACCUCUUCCUCCAUUGCCAUAUGCACCACCACCUCUGGCUCUCGAUCCAUAUCCUCUCCCUCCGCCAUUCCCAUAUCCUACCCCUCCGCCAGACGCUCCCCCUCCACCACCACCACCACCUCCUGCACCGCCAUUUCCAGGUCCAUCAUACCCAGCAGCCGUAGUGUUAGUCCGGUUACUCCACAUACUCCCCAAUCCAGUUCCUUCAACUCCUACAUGAAAAUCAAGCCCUAACCAAACAGUCGCAAAGAAAAGAAGACACCAGGAAACAACACGCAUUCUCCCCAUUCCUUCCCCUAAACAACUUUGAAGAAAUACAAAAACUCUACACUCACUAAAAAUCUAAUUAUCGUUUAAUUACUCCUUCAUGAGUUUAACAAUGACGUUUUUGAUGAAAACUUAAACUAAGUUUAAAGGAAAUCAACUCUUGGGGUAAUUGAAAAACGAGAAGGGUGGAGAGAAAGGGAAAAGAUGAAUUGUGUGUGAAGGCGUGAAGGUGUUGUAUAUGUACAGUAAUGAUCCGUUGAAGGGAGGAAGUCUGAGUGCAUUGUUGGUGUAGCGCAACAGGUGUGUGAUUUUGUGUGAAGAGUUUGGUAGUGAGAACAAGUUGCAUGAUACUUAAAAAAUGAGGU